ACAUGGUUUUAGUCGUUACGGAGACAUUUGACGAAUCAUAAUGAAAAUUCAAGCAGUUGCGUGUGUAGUACUGACUCUAUUGAAAUUUACGUCCUCUAGCAAUUUCAACUUUCCACUCAUCACACAAUAUCUGCAGUGGCAUAACAUAAGAGCGACUUUAUUCGUAGCAUGUGGACGUACAGACUGGGUUGAACUGCAAGAUAUUACAAAUAAUAUGAAAAUCCACGACAUCUAUUUCAACCAUUGGGACUUGUCUGGUGGAGAUGAUGUAGCCGACUUCAAUUAUCAACACUUUUUUGUCCGAGUAAACUAUCCGAUAUGUGUGGUCGUUCAAUGGGAGUGUAAUGAAACGAUGAGAAUGCUAACUGAAAUAUCGAAGAGGACAAUGUUUCACUACGAACGACACUGGCUGAUGUUUGGCAAAAGUUCUGAAAAGAUGUUUUCCACAUUGAGCGGCGAGUACAUAAAUGUUGAUGCUGAAGUGGUCGUUGCCGAAGCGAUAGCUAAAAAUGAGUACCAACUCAGUGACGUGUACAAUCCGAGUGUUAAGCGGAAUGGAACCUUCAAAAUGGGAAGAAUAGGCAAUUGGAAUGAAAUCUCCGGUCUUAUAAUGAACGAAUCAAAUACUAAAUUCGACAGGCGUCACAAUCUUGAGGGCCUCACAUUCUUUGCUGCCAUUACAAUACCUGCACUUCCUCCAAAUAAAACGUUUAUCGAGCACAUCUAUUCGGACGAACCACGUUAUCUUUACAUGGAUAAUAUGAGUAAAAGUAACAUGCGGGUCUUUCAAAUACUGAGCGAAAUGUACAAUUUCAAAAUGACAAUACGACGGGCAACUCUGUGGGGAAGAAUACAAAAUAAUUCUUGGAAUGGAGUGCUUGGGUUACUCAAUCGUUCAGAAAUUGAUAUGGGUAUAUCAGGUCUUCGGUGGGAAAGUGAUCGAUAUGGGGUGUACGAACCAACAACCAAUUCUUUCUAUGUUCAAAUUUUGUUCAUAUUUCGUCAUCCGAAGAUUGUUGAUGCGCUAGAUAUUUUUAUAAAACCAUUCGUUUGGAUGGUGUGGCUGUUAAUUUUCGCAAUUGCAGUCAUCACAUCGAUUUUGAUUCGAAAUUUCUUUGUACUCGAAAAUCGUCUAAGUGCAAGAUCUGCAGCCAUAGCAACAACAUCGAAUGAUGACUCCUACUUCAACAGCGUUCUGAGCAUGUUUGGAAUCUUAUUCCAGCAAGGAUGUACAGACAACCCAUCGUUUAUUUCGACACGCAUUUUCACUCUGACUUACUUUCUGUUUUCAUUGGUCAUCUUCCAAUUUUACGGUAGCUUCAUCGUCAGUUCCUUGCUCAAUGAAGCCCCCAAAACCAUUAAAACAAUGAAACAGCUAUUGCAUACUCGAUUAGACUUUGCGAUGGACGAACUGCCAUACAUUCAAGAUGUAUUCAGUCAUGUCUUUGAAGAGUCGGCACUUGAAAUGUACAAUAAAAUCAUGGAACAGCCGAUACCAUUCUUACCAUUGUUCACUGGCUUAGACUUGGUGAAGAAAGGCUCAUUGGCAUUUAACACCGACGGUAUUGCUGCCUAUGCAAUUUUAAAAACAAGCCUCACCGACGAUGAGUUGUGUGAAUUGCAACAAGUUAAGUACGUAGGGAAGAUACCAACGAGUCCGGGAGUGCCGAAACGGUCGCCACUAAGAGAGCUUAUUAAAAUUGGCAUCAGAAAGCUUCAUGAAAGUGGAAUUAUCGCGCAUGUGUGGAAAACUUGGAUCUCACAUUUACCGAAAUGUGCACGCUCAGAUGUCGAUGUUGUCCCCGUCGAUAUGAUCCACUUUUCAUCGGCACUUUAUGUUUUAGGAUUUGGAAUGCAGCUCAGCAUGACUCUAUUUAUCGGUGAACUGUGCCGGAAUGUUUAUUUGAGAUUACGAAACAUACCGAUCACGCCUAAAGUGAAUCGAUAAAUGGUGAAAUGUUACCGAAGAACGUGAGGCAAAGUUAAGUUUAAUUUACCACGGCCGAACUUUGCCAGGCGCUCAUUUGAGUAAACCGCCUCACAGCUCAAUGGCACAAAUGAUGGAAUGUGUGAAUCAAAAUGUUUUAACAUUAUUCUUCUCAUAAUAAAAUUAGAAUUAGACG